AGAGAUUUCAUGGAUAGGGUAUCGGGCCUUUUUGAAAUUAUCAUUUUCACAGCCAGCCAGAGCAUUUAUGCUGAGCAGCUUCUGAACGUACUAGACCCAAAGAGGAAAAUAUUUCGCCACCGUGUUUUCCGUGAGUCCUGUGUGCUUGUUGAUGGAAAUUAUCUCAAAGAUCUGUCAGUUCUUGGGCGUGACUUAGCACAUGUGAUUAUUAUUGAUAACUCUCCCCAGGCAUUUGGGUUUCAGAUAGACAAUGGAAUACCAAUAGAGAGCUGGUUUGAUGAUCGUUCUGAUACAGAGUUAAUUUCAUUGCUUCCAUUCUUGGAAAGUUUAGUUGCAGUUGACGAUGUAAGGCCAUUGAUUGCUGAGAAAUUCAACCUUAGAGAGAAAAUAGCUGCAGCAGUUUGUCCUUUAAACUCGAAUAGAGGAGACCCACUUGAAAGAUGAGCACAUAGAUCUGUGUAGAAGGUAUGUCUGAAGAGGAAAUGACAUGAACGAGCAUGUAGAAUGAUGUUCUUGAAACAGCAUCAGUGUGGUCCAGAGAAGAGGACACAUCCUUCCUACGGCCAUUGUCCAUUUCUUGUCCCAAGUACAAGAGAUUCACUCUUGGACUCAGGUUAGUAUUUUUUUUUUUUAACCCUCUCUCCCUUUUACAAUAACUAUCUGCCGUUUAAUUAGGAAUUAGACUAGAUGUUUGUCCGGAAUUAAGUAGAAAAUUAAGUCAAAGAUGAUAGGGAUGCUUGUUUAAAGUUUUAAAUCAAGGAAUAAGUUAUGCUUCUUGUGAUGGCAUUCUGUUGGAAAAUUACAAUGUUCAGCCUGGCAGUUUUGCCAGACACAUUUCCUUUAGUUACAGCAAACAUUAUCUGGCAUUUUGGA